UAGGAAAAUCCCUCGCUCCGUCAGGAAAGGGGCGGACAGUUCUUACCAAUAAAGUCCUCGCUAUGCUUUGCUUGUUAAAGUUGUUCAGUGACUUAAAGAUUCCUGUUAGGCUCCUUUGAUUCAAAGUGAGGGGUAAAGCUCUUCCAAGGAACCUAAACACAAACCACACCUCGACGUUUGUAACCAGCACAACGUUUAUGUCGUGGGUUACAACAUUCGAACACAACGGUGGAGUGCAAGAAGGCUACUUUGGCCCUGGUAUGGGGUCAUGUUCUGAUUAGUCUCGCCUCGAUCUUGAUUUCUGAAGCGGUAAUCACGGGUGGAGGAAUUCUGGGAUGCAAGCCAUGCGCAAUAGAUGACUGCAAAAACGAAACAAACUGUCCUCUUGGUUUCGUUAUGGACGUCUGUAAUUGUUGUACCAAAUGUCUUCGGGUUAACGGUCAGACUUGUGGUGGCAAGGGUUAUGUCGUCGGCCGCUGUGCAAAGGGAUUAAAAUGCAAUUUAGCUAGUGCUUCUUAUCAGCAUCCUGUAGGAAUUUGCAUCUCACUUAUCAAACCCACUUCUCAACCAGCUCAAAAACUCUUAAUAGACAGGCCUAUUAAAGGCGGGGAAAAUUUUCCUCGACAAGACAUUCCAGGUAGUAAUCACCGAAAAGAGGGGAACGAUUUACCAGGUGAUGAUGCGAAAUAUUACGUUCACCCAAACGGAAUGUGGAGUAUACACACUGUUAAAAUUCAAGAUGAUAUUGCAGCGAGUAAAGUGGAACCCACUGCGAUGAAUUCAACAGGGAACAAAACACAUGAUCAGGCACUGCACAAGAAAUCCACCAAAGCUUCGGUACAAGAUUCGAUUCCAGAUGUUACUCCGGCGGUGAUUUUCGUGGCUGCAAGUGGAGCCAUAUUUUUAUGUCUAAUUGGUCUGCUAUUUCUCCCCAUUUCGCGAAAAAGAGGAAACGCGAAAACCUCGCAAACAAAUUUACAAUGAAAAGGAAUGCCGAAUUUUAGCAAUUUUGUAGCCUAAGUAAGUUAUUAAAAUGUUUAUUACAACAAGAUGCACGUGAUAGCCGCAAGGGCAAUAGCAAAAAGCCGUUCAGAAACAUCUACUCAUCUGAAUUUCGCCUUCAAGCUUAGAUGACUAGUGGAAGGACCUCAUCCCUGUCGAUCUAGUUCUGUUCAAAACAGUCUUAAUAUUUCAAAUGAUGAGUCCCAUGUUAUCCGGUCCGAAGUUACGUUCAGAGUUUCAAAAAAGAAACCAAAAACAAUCCUAUGCGCUCGUCCCGAAUUUUAGUAAGUCCCAAAGCGCUAGUUUUCAUUUCUUCAUUCGUUUGAUUGAGUGAAUUUCCUGGACCCUAUUUGUAUGUAGAAUUGAAGCGUCAAGCCUUGAGAAUGA